AAUUUGAGUUCAUACAUGCUAGCUACUUUGUCUUCAACAAACUUUAGUUAACUGGUGUGGUUUAGCUGACGUAAGUACAGCAUUUACAAGCUAGUAAAGUCAGUAAUUGGCAUAUUAUAACUUCAGUGAUGUUAUGAAACGAGCUGUUAGCUAGUGCUACGUGUUUGAAGUUAAUACAUACAGGUACAGGGUCUACCCAAAGUAAUAUCACUUUUAGUGUGGCAAUCCACAUGAAGUAUAAACACUAAACAAGUUAACCGUUUGCUAGCUUUCGAAUGAAGCUAGCUAGGGUAGGUGUCCCGUGUUUUGAUGACUUGUUUUUCUGACAGUAAAGGGCUUCCCCCUUCCCCCAACAACCAGCUGUUUCAAAGACCGUGGUUGAUUGACGUGUCAUCUGUUCAAUGAUAACGCUGAUGUAGGCGUGGUUCGGUCUCGAACAGCCUAUCACAAGGAAAUAUGUGUUAUUACAUUAGCCACAUUGUAUCUCACAAUGUCGGAUGUGUAGAGUAAAAACGAAGAAAGAGCAGUCGGGGAUUGGGACGAUUCAUGAGGAGGGAUAUGGCCCAAGAGACCAACCAAAGUCAGGGACCUCUGCUCUGCACCACCGGCUGUGGUUUCUACGGCAACCCGCGGAACAGCGGCAUGUGUUCCGUGUGCUACAAAGACUUCCUGCAGAGACAGAACAGCAACGGAAGGGUGUCUCCCCCAGGGUCUGCAUGCAGCAGCCGGGGGGAGUGCCUCCUAGCACAGUGCUCUGAGAGCAGUACUGUAGAUGUACCAUCAGCCUCACCGCACACAGACUCAGCCUCAGGACACACCAGCCCAGAUCUGUUGACGCCAGCAUCGACAGUUUCCUCAGAGGCGAGCCCAGCAGCUAAAGCAGGCCUGAAGACAGAGGACCUACAAGGCCUGAGUAGCCCAGCCCUAGACUCAGCCCCAGCCUCAGCCGUAGCUAGCGGUAGUGCAGGUAUCUCAAGGCCAGGGGCAGCCAGCCAGAGCAGCCAGUCAGGGAAGAGGCCAUCUCAGGAGGACUGUCUGGGGGAAAGCUCACCAGCGGCCAAGAGGAGAUUAGAGGGCCCACUACAGCUUAUAAACGGAGAGAAGGCACCUGCCUCCACCCCUGAGGGAUCUGUGGAUGACCAGGACCAAGCCUCGGACAAACCCAAAGCCAAGAAGAACCGCUGCUUCACCUGCCGCAAGAAAGUGGGCCUCACAGGGUUUGACUGCAGAUGUGGUCAUGUGUUCUGUGGCAUGCACAGAUACUCAGACAUUCACAAAUGCACCUUUGACUACAAGGCGGACGCAGCGGAGAAGAUCAGGAAAGAGAACCCUGUCAUCGUCGGAGAGAAGAUCCAGAAGAUCUAGAAGAUCUGACCUGGGACUGAGUAGAGAAAGGCAUCCGUCGGCCAUGUUGGUUUUUGGCUUUACCUUUGCUCCCUGAUUUGUUGCUGUUGCUGAGCAACACGCCUUCCAAUUGUCAGAUCCUUAAAUCAUGCAUGCCACUCUGAAAACUUUUCUUUGAAGAUUUAUUUUAUUGGACCCCAUUUCCUUUUGCUAGUUAUUUGAAUAUAUUUUACCUCUUUACCUCGUUGUUGGUUGUGAUAUCUCUGAUUGGGAAAAUACAUUUAACGGAUAUAUUUUGAUUUUGGCUUUGACCUUUUUAAUUUGGGGCUCCUUGAAGGGCUGUGCUUCUUUAAAUGCAUGUAAAUACCUGUACCUGCCUCCUCUGGAUGUAGCUCUAGUCAAUAACCGAAUGUAUUACGACAUGCAAACCCCCUCAGAUAUCUUGUUUUACAUGACAGAAACGUACAUUUGCUUGUCUGCUCCUUCACCUUUUGUAUAAUUGAGUCAUUAUGGAGUGUGAGAUGACACAAGUGUGUGUGUGUGUGUAUGUAAGUCUCGGAAGUGAUCAUGAAUAGCCUAUAUGCACGUUGUUGCUGGUUGUAAGUUUAUUUGAAAAAUAUAGUUCAUUUAUGAGUGAACAAAAGAAUGACCUGAAUUUAUUGUGCUGUAUUUAUGUUAGUUUAUUCACUGUUACAACUUUGAUCUGAAUAAAGUUCAAACUUUUUUUCUCAAUUGAAAAAUGUGGCCGAAACAUUUA